UGUGGUCGAUUAACCUUAUAAUUUUUUUGUGUGGAAUUAUAUUUAUUCAUUUUAAAAUUUCCUUCUUACACAGUGCCUUUUCUUUGGAAUUACACCUUUAAAUAAAAUGACAGAUUGUAUCCUGACAAGGAGGGUAACGUCCAAUAUGAUUUAGUGAACUUCUCUCUGUUGUGUUACAUCUGAAGUUAGAUCUACAAUUUGCGCUUGCCUCUAUCAACUACUACUCCCGUGCUGUGGGUGAUGCCGGAGAGAACGCUUGCAGCACAGCAUGUGGGGAUGGAAACCUUGAACAGUGUGGGUAGCAGUGGAAGCUGUGACAGUAUGGAUAGCAUCUCUUCUAAUCACUCUGCUUUUAGUGGGGAAAACUAUGACCACCUGUCAGCAGAAGAGUUGGAGUGUUUGAUGUUUCUAGAGGAGACAAUUGACUCUUUGGAUAAUGAGGUAGACAGUGGGUUGUCUACUGAUGAAUCUGAGAACGUAGAGAGAGGCACCAAUGUGCCUCUGUCAGAAACAGUUAAAAGUGCACCUUCUCCCGAUGUUGGCAAAACCUCAAAUAAAAUCCCAGUUCAAUCCAAAAAUGAAGAGACACCAGAUGGUAAAGUGGAACUGGAUUUUAAUAAGAUAACUCUACCUAAGCAGGCAUAUUAUAGUUUCCCACGAAUUGUUCAAACAAAUAAAGAUGACGUAUCAAAGGAUCAAACUGAUACUAGAUUAACAGUUAAUAAAAUAGAUCCUGGGAAGGCUUUGUAUGGAAAACCCAAAAGCUUGUCAUCCAUUAAUCAAAAAGUUAAAGAGGAAUCCUCAUUUAAUGAUGUGCUACUUCUGCCACCCCCUGAGCCCUUCAGAGAUCGCCUAAUUGUGGAUAAGAGGAGAUCUGUUAAUGACCCCACAGAUGCACGUGAGGUGCAGUUUCAUAUGGCCAUGCCAAAAUUUCCAUUUAUCUCAGAAUUUAAAGAAACACCUGCUGUGGAGCAUAUUCAUGAUAAAGUGAUAUCGUCGAUAGGAGAAAAAAAUAUACCAAGGACUUCAUCCCCAGAAGUGACUCAAAAUCCAGCUAUUGUACUCUCAUCUGAGGUUCCCAUAAGUUUCACAGAAAAGCCUGCUGAUUUACACUUCAAAUAUGGGCCUCCUACAGCUCCCAAACCACGGAAACUGCCACCAAAUAUUAUAUUGAAGGCAAGCACUGGAGGUGGCGUGUCAUCAAAUCUAGAGACUCAGCAGAGGCCUCGGGCAUUUUCUGCACAUGAAAAGAACCCUGAAUCAAUUGCCAAGCUUCAUCAGUCCAAGGAACAGGAAAGUGCUCGACGGGAGGCUCUGCAGAAAUUGGGUUUAAUUCAGGAGAAAUGUGAUGGCCCAAAGAGAGUUGCUGUUAAAUCGUCUGUCUUUCACAGAAGUGUGGAGAUGCCUGUUCCACAGGGUGUGAUGGAACAUGGAAGAAAAGAUGCUUAUGGGAAAAGUAUCCACAUAAGUCAGCAAGAAAAGACAGACAUUUUGAGCACUAGUCCUAAUAAAGUUGCUGUUCAAGAUCCUGAGAAGGGAUCUCACCAUGUUGGUAUAGAUGUCCCUGACAAAAAGUUUUCUACUAAAAAUAGACUAAGCAUGAAAUCAAAUUCAGUAGAAAAAGGUGAUGAACUGAAAGACAGUGUAGCAGAGCAGUCAUUAAGAGAAACUCUGGUUGUGGAUGAUCAUUCAACUAGGAGUGCAAAAAUUGAAGUAAUCAGCAAAGACAAUGAUAGCUUAAAGAUUAGCACAAAAGAGAAGACAGAUGAAAAGAGAGAUAAGCCUUCCCAGCCUUUACCAGAUGCAUAUAAUGUCACUGAUGGCUCCCCAAAGCAUUUGAAGCAUCUCAUUGAGAACCCACCCACUAUAAAAACAGAAUCACAAGAAAUGAAAGGAGUAGAAGUAGUAAUGCGUAAACCUGCCCGCUCUCCUAAAGAGUCUGUGAUUAUUGAAGAUUCUGUUAAGAAUGCCAAGUUAGAUAUCAGUAAAAAUAUAACUAAUGCAAAAAUGCAUACCCAGGAAAAUGAAAAAGCUUUAAACCAGGCAAUACCUCCUGUUUCCACUGUUCUUCUCAAUCACCCCCCCAAGAGUGAUAAACUUCAAGAUAACAAGCCCAAGGUUGGAUCACUGGAGAAUAUUAGCAUUCUCAGCACAAGUCCAGGCAAAAGGUUUAGUUUCCCAAGGCCAACAGAAAUUACAGUCACCCACCCCGAAGUUACCCUCAGAGAUGCAAAAGGCAGAGCUGCUGCUGACAAAAGCCACAGGCACAGCAGCCAUAUGGAUACUUCUAAUGAGGCAUACCUGCACCUCACUAAGGGCCCUGUUCCUGGCUUGAGACAAAUGAACAUUAAGUCAUCCACUUUGGAACGUUCUGGUAUUGGCUUGAGCAGUUCCCUUUCAAGUGGUGAAAAAGAGAGCCAGAAACAGACGAGCUCUUUCUUUAAAAAUCCAUUUUCUGCAAAUUUCCUAAGAAACUCAAGGCCACGUCCAGCUUCCUUGGGCACAGGCAAAGACUUUGUAGUUACAGAAGAACCUCCCAAGGACGCCGAGAAGACUGAAGGUCGCCGCUCCUUUUUCUCCAGAGCCCCUCGCUCAUCUGCUCCUGUCACUAGUGUUAAGAUCACCCCAAAGGGAUCAACUGAUGAGCAUAGGAGAGAGGCACUCUUAAAGCUAGGUAUUCUUAAAGAAUAAGUUUUGAGAUAUUUCUAUAAAAAAUGCCAUUCAGUACCUUCAAUGAUGGAGGAAAACUAUUGUUUGGUGUCUUUCAAACUUUUUAUGAAGAUGUGAAUAGUAGCCCAUUUUGAUGAUUGAAACCCUUGACAGUUAGGGGCUAACUCAAUUUUUGUAAUUUAAUAAAGACACAGAUCUUACUGCAACCUGUAGAACAUUUGAGACCUAUGGUUACCUAUUAUUCCUGUUGAAGAAGACACUUUUAAAAUGUUGCUGAAGCAAAGGAAAUAAGUGUGGUCACUUCCUGUUCCUGUAUCAGUCUACAAAAUAUAUUUAUCAUUAUUAAGAUUCACUUUUUGCUAAGUUCUGUAUAUUAACAUUAGUCACUGGUAGCUUCAGGUUCUUUAAAAAAACUGAUAAAUAUACACCUUAGCAGUUUGUAACAUAACCUUAAAUAUGUCACAAAUGGAAUUCUUUCACAAUUGAACUGUUUUCUAUACGCAAAUCACACAACUGAAUACUAGAAAAAUAUAUUUGCCUAUUUAUUUCUCCCAUAUAUCCUCAGACACUCACUGCCAGUGAAGUAGCCUAAAUAUAUGUAACUAGGGCCAUACAUCUAUGAAAUGAUAUAGGUUGUCAUUUUUGCAUAGCUUUACUUUUUUUGUUUAAACCCAAGUCGUCAUUUCUUUAAAAAUUGUUUUGAGGUAUGGAUUUGAGGUUCUCACUGUAUAAGCAUAUUCAAUCUAAGGUAUAUACUGUAAAUACAAAAGUAAAUUCAUAGAUCUUGCUGUUCCUUCAAAUUAAAAGGAGCAAUAUUUCAACAUGAGAUUAUUUUUGCCUGAAGAAAUAGGAAGUGAAAGCUGAUAUGCCAGUAUCUGCUGUGCUUUUCCUUCUAAUGCUCAUUGGCUUAUAAUUUCUACUAAAAAUGCCUACCAGCCAAUGAACAUUAGCGGAAUGUGUAGAACAGUCAACAGUACAUAACUGAUACAUCUGUAUGAGUUGCAGACCCAGUAUAAAAUAAUGUUUUUAAUUUUUCAUAUGGAUAGCAAAAACGUUUGGAGUACAGUGUCUCUUUAAUUUUUGCUAUCAUCUUUCUACAAUAGCAAACAAGCAAUUUUCCCUUCAUCAAUACUUUUCUACCAAAAAUGUGAAUAUAUGAACACCUGACUCUGCUAUAAAAUAAUCUAAAGGAAUGCUGUAUCAUAUGUAUAUAUUCAUGUAAAUGCUAAAAUAUUUGUCACAAGGACAUUACACUCACUACAAUUGUAAUGGUUCAUGAGUAUCUUUAAAUGCUACGAUAGUCGAUGCUUCAUUAAAGUGAUGGUAAUCCUAGCAUUUUUGAAAUGCUAGAAUUUACCAGUGCUACAAAUAAAGGGGACUUUCAGCCAUGAAGUAUAAAAAAACUUUAUGCUGAAAGAUCCUUUAUUAGCAGUGAGUUAAUGCCAAGUUAAGCGCUUCCGGACUCCCAAAACACUAUUUCUUUCAUAUAGGUAGCGAGAGUCAACUAGCUGUUACGUAUGGGUUAUACAUUUUUACCAGGAGGAGGCAAAAUUUCCCUAACCUCAAAAGCCUAUAAAUACCGCUACCACCGUUUUAAAACUUUGCAUCCUUAGGAGGUCGUUGAAGCACGAUGUGCUUAAAUUCUUCAGUUAAAGGCGCUUCAGAGCAUAUUGAAGCCCGGUUCCCCUCAGAGUACAGUGCUUGUCAGAGGGAAGUAAAGGAAGUACUGCCUCAUGACACCGUAUUUUCACCUCACAGGAAAUAUUCUCAAUGAAGUGACAUUUCCACCUCUUAGCCAAUAGCUGUGUGGGACAAUCAAAUUAUACUCGAUGGCUAGCACGCUAUUGGCUAAGAGGUGAAAACAUAAUCUCUUUGAGGAAAAUAACAUUUUGCUGUGGGUGGCUGGAAGCGCUCAGCUUGGCAUAAACUUGCUGCAAAUAAAGAAACUUUCAGCAUGAAGCUUUUAAUACUGAAAGUCCCCUUUAUUUAUAGCACUGGUAAAAAAUAACAUUUUUAUAAACUGCUAGGAUUCACCAUCACUGUAAGUGUGAAGUUUCUCCUCAGUGAGGAAACCUAUUUAAUCAAUGGGUUAUCCUAUGGCAGGGGUGGCAAAAUAAUUAUAAUCUUCUAAAAAAACUUUUUUUUUUCAUUUAAAUCCAUAGAAUAUAUCAAUCAAUUACUAAUAUAUAGUAUGGAUUUAUAUGAAAAAUAUUGUAUUAUGCACUUUAAUUGCAAGAAUGAAAUCACCACAUUAGGAACGUGCAUCGUAGGGUCGCCAUCCUUGUCCCAUGGAGAUGGGGAAUUAACAGGUUUUCUAUACCAUAGCAAUUGGCUUUUGUUUUUAGAGAAUCAAGGCUAGUUCCUUUUUUUCUUUUAACUCUGGUUAACGGUUUGUAUUACCUUAAUUAAUAGCCCAAACGGAGUUUAAUUUCUGUAUUUUUAUUAAAAUUAGGUUUGGAAAUGUUUAAAAAUAA